GGACAACCUACUUGUUGCUUCAGUGAUUCCACAGGCUACCCACAAAACACACGAGGUGGCAUGUCUGUUUCUGUUUCACUUUAUUUUUUACCAAGCCAAUUCAAUUAACUGAGAAUCUAAGGUAAUGGUGAAAAUUCUGUAUAGGAAUGAACACUUUAACAGGCGUAUAUAUGUCUGGGUUUGUUUUAAUCUCAACCACACUUGUUGUUAAACUACUACAAUUGUGCACGGGGCUCCUCUGGUUUUAUAUCACCAACAAUAAUGAAGGAGGACUGGGUGCGAAUUCAACAUAAACAUUUCAAUCAAAAUGGCGGCCGAUGUUUGCUCUGCUACUAGGCUCAUUUGCUUUAACUUAUGGAUUGCACUUGGGAUAUUCUACCUUGUUUUCUACAUGUUCGCAUCUGUUUUGUCUGGCGCAUUCAAGUUAAAAACCUUUGAUGGGAUGAUACCUUUCAACUUUGAAAAAUGUUGUGCUGGAGAUAAUGAAAAUCUUGUGAAUAUGCUUUCUCUUACAUUAACCUUUAUGAUGUGCACUGGAGUGUACUUGAUAUUCAUCAAACAGAGGAUAUGGGACUAUGCACUAACAGUCUCUCUUAUUCACCUGGGGAUAAGCUGUGCUGUUAUGCAAGACUUCCCAGUUAACUGGCAGUGGUGGAUUGCAUAUAUUGCAUCAUCACUUUUCAUGAUCAUUUGUGGAGAAAUUGCUAUCAUUUGCUGCUGUAAACAGAAAGCUCAGCAAACGAGCACAGUAUCAACUACCAAUCUCAUCACUUGACCUUCCACUAUCAAGGAACCUAAUACAAAACAGUUCAAGGAGAGUAGGGGAGAGUUAGACUCAACUCUCACACCUGUUAACCUUGGACCCUCUGGUUUGAGAAUUUUUUUGUCCAGAGAAAGGGGAUUUUGAUCCAAAAUUUUGGAGAAUUUUUCCAAAAUCUUCUCCCUAAUGCUGGAGAUUUAAUCAGCUAUGCAAAUCAGGGAGGAGUUAUAAUUAACAGUUUGAGAAAAGGCUUUUUAUUAUACCUUUGUUAAGGCAUUGUAAGAUAUAUGAGUUAUUAUAUCCUACCAAAAUGCUACCUUAUACCAGAGAAGUUAUAUAUUGUCAGAACUUACUACUAUUGGAGCUAACAAGGUUGUUGUAUAGAAUAAUGGAUGAAAUUGUUUGUAAAUAUUCUUUUUAAAUAUUGAAAAAGAGUAACUUGAAGCUUGAAGUAACUUGAAUUUUGGCUUGAAGCCAAAAUCUCCCAGAAUUUGUGCAAAGAAAUGACAAACCAUAAAAUAAUAUUGUCAUUUAUACAAUUGCCAAUUUCUGAAGCCAAUAGUUUAUUAUCCCUACAAAUAAGUGUUACAGUGUGACAGUCUUUUUCACCUCGACUAGUUGCAGCUAGUUUUACUUGCAUUAUCUAUAGAUGUUUAUCUUGUAUAAAAUGUACAUACACCGUAAUAGAAAAAAAAGCCCUAUUUUCUAUGAGAAAAUAAAAAAAAAAACAAUCCAA